AAAACUUUUCUAAGCCCCUUUACGCCUGAUCUAAUGCAGCUGGAUGUUAUUGACAAAAUUGAUUCAGCACGUAACCCACAUUAUCAGUAUUCUAUUUUUGCGGAAUUAAAUGUACGUUGUUUCUAUGGGUUUUGUAGAAACGUAGUUGAUCAACCCUGGGGACCGAGUGUGGCCUUAUGGUUAGUGUGCCCGAACUGUAGAUCCGUGUGUUUACGGUUUGUACCCCGUUUCUGCAAAGAACGUGCUCCGCACUUUCAAGUGACGAUCAAUUUUUACUAUUCGAUCAGAGAAAAGUUGGCGGUGGGUGCUGUUGACAAUUAGCCUUCCGUUUAGUUUUUCAUUGUCAAAUUAUAGAUGGUUAUGCACAGAUAGCCUUUGUGUAGCAUUAUGCAAAAUUCUGAACAAAUAUGCAAGUUCAACCCGAGACGAUUGUGAGCUCAUCACUAUUAAUUGUAUCCUGCUCUAAAGAAUGUCUCUAAGAGCAGAACGCAGGGAACAUCUGUACAAGAUUUUGGUAAUUGGUGAACUUGGAACAGGAAAAACUAGCAUCAUCAAACGUUAUGUUCAUCAAUUUUUUUCGCAACAUUACAGAGCAACGAUUGGAGUGGAUUUUGCUCUUAAGGUACUUAACUGGGAUACCAACACUCUUAUUCGGCUCCAGUUAUGGGAUAUUGCAGGACAAGAAAGGUUUGGGAACAUGACGAGAGUUUACUACAAAGAAGCUGUUGGAGCCUUUAUUGUAUUUGACGUCACAAGAAUAGCAACAUUUGAUGCUGUUAUGAAAUGGAAAUAUGAUCUUAACAAUAAAGUCCAUCUACCGGAUGGAAGUGACGUACCUUGCGUUCUGUUAGCAAACAAGUGUGACAUGCCAAAAGAGGGAAUAGUAAACAUUCCUUCACAGAUGGAGCAGUUUUGUCAGGACAAUGGAUUUAUUGGAUGGUACCUUACUUCAGCAAAGGAUAAUAUUAACAUUGAGGAUGCAGUUAAGUGUCUUGUGUCAAAUAUUCUGAGUAAACAAAAGACAUCAGUAGUUGAAUCUCUAAAUAACAAUGUAUUUCUGGAUUACCAUGGCCAUGACCAUCAAGUCUCUGAAAGUAAGUGUUGCUUGUAGGUGGAAGAGGAAAGUGUUAAAAAAAUUUUCUUGUGCAUGUAGCAGCAGUUUUGCUUAGAGCUUUAGAUGCAAGACAACUUUAUGGUGAUAUUGGAAGUCAAACGAUAAAAUGUAACGUUGUUACAGAUGUAAGUUAAGUGUGCCAGGUAAAAUCUCGUAGCUGGGCUACACUAAAACAAAACGUCAUAGGAAGAUGGGAUGAGAACUUUAUACGAUUGUAAGAAGCAGAUGUGACUGUAUAUAGCAGGUCUAUAUGCAUCAGCUGAGCAACAAAACUUACAGAACUUUAAAUAUAUGAAGGGCACAUUUUUUUUAACAUUUGAAGCAAAGAUUUCAAGUUCAAAUUCUAAACAAUGUAAAAUGUAACAAUUCCCUACACAGAAUAUAAGAUGUAUGGUAAGAUAGCAGCUGGAUCAAACAAUUGUAAAGUGUAUAAGUUGAAUCAGGUGUAAGAACCCAAGGUUACAUCUAUAAAGUUAACAAAAUAUUUUAGAAGAGAGAUAUAAGAAUAAGAUUUAAUAAUUUACAGCAUGAAAAAUAAAGAAAAAAUUGAAAGUAAUAAUAAACAUAAAAGAAAGGUAAAGUGUAGUACUAAAAUUAUACGUUUUGGAAAUGUGUGAAAGCUUAAUGUGAAGUAACAGUAAAAUUAAAAACUUAUGAAACUUAAACUCUCACUUGUAAAUUUGAAAUUAAUGUGACAAAGAUACAUACUGCAUAUAAUAAUAAAUAUAUAAUGUAGAAGUGAUAUUUCGUGGACAGCCAAAACAUGCAAGGUUAAGUGUAACAGUAAAGAUAGAAGCUGUGAAAUAAUGCAGUAAUAAAUAUUUAAAAAAGUGUAGAGCUGUACGUUGUGAAUAAAGGAUAACGACAAGAUUAAAUGUUGCAGUAAUGAAGCUAUAUUUGUUAUGUGGAAUGUAAUAACAAGCCUAAAUACUCAUUGAUAAGUAGACGAGUUACAGAAAGGUUUAAAAAUGAGUUUUAUGUUGAAAGUACAGCUAUAAAUCUGGAAUAAAAGUGAAACGAUAGUUUUAAGUAAUAGAUAAAACAAACCCCCCAAAAAAUUGAUAGUAGGUUUGGAAGUGAACAGCAAGAAAUGCACUGUGUUAAAAAUAUAAUAAUAGGUAUACACAUCCGUCCAGUUUGUAUCAUUCUUCAUGAUUUACAUAUAUAUCAUCGAAUGCACACAUUGGAGUGUAAUACAAAAAUGAAAAUUAUAUGUUUUAUGUGUGAACAUUUUAUGUCUAUUAACUGCUGCUCUGCUAGUACAUACAUUUGGCAGUCCGUCAAUUCUUUUGUUGGAUACAAUGUAAUAUUGUAUUCACUGUCAUUUGUACUGAUAAAUAAGUAAAACGACCCUGUAACAACAAAAACUAUAGUAGUACAGGAAUUGCUAGGCUUUUUCUGAACUGGGUUUUGUCUUCAAGAAGAACGUGUGAUAUCUUUAAAGGUGACAAACCUUUUACGUUUGACAAACGUGCAAGUUAACUGACUGCUUUCUGUAACGUCGAUGUUGUCACAAACUUUCUUAUUGUUAUUUUAUGUUCUUCUGUAUGUAUUGGAACAAAACUAAAUAAAUACAAAGAAGUAAGUCUGAGUUGUGAAUUAACAGUUACAGGAAAUUACAUAAUUAUUAUGUGGUUAAUUACGACUGUUGUACCAGUGUAAAUGGAGAAAGGCUUAAAAUAUAAUCGUGUUUUUAAAAUCUAUAAAUGCAACCUAUUUUUAUAAUUAUUGUGUGUAAGUGUUUCAAUUUUUUUCAUUUAUAAAUUUCGGAAGACACGUUUUUAUAAUCAAGAAAGGUAGGUUUAGCAUAAGUUUUAGGCACGAUGGCGCCAGUUAAUUUUGUUUUCAAGCAUUUCGUCACUGGUCUUUAUAAAUUUUACUAACAUCCUUGUAUUGCAAGUAUUUCAGAUGGGUAUGCUUGGCCUUUUUAUAGUACAAGAUAAUGAUUUUAUUAUAUUUAAGGUUUUCACUAAUAAUCAAACUGUAAAAAUGGGCAAAAAAUUAAAGCAAAUUAUUUUGAAUACCAAAA